AUGAAUAGCGUAAACUUUCCUCCACUCAAUGAACCCAAACCUUUGGCCCAGCUGUCACGUACGGUUCGACUUCCUCGUAUCGUCUUGAACAAAACUAAGCUUGAGAGCCUUCUUGCUCUUAGGUCAAAGAGGAAAUCGAACAAACGGCCGCCCUCGGUCAAUGAGAGGACCAAGUCCCUUCCCAACACCAAGGUUGAUCACGCCAGGGCUGGACCCUGCAACGCAAUGAACGUUAUUGAUCUGACGGCGGACAACGACGACGACGACGAUGACGACCAGUUCUCUGAGCUCUCCCCUUCUAUCAGGGACGACAACAUAUACGAUGAUGAUCCCUUGGACGAUGCUUUCGAGGAGGAUGUCUUCUUUCCUGCUCCAGAACAGAGACCACAAGCAAACAUAGCUCCGGAUGUCAAUGGUUAUGCCGUACCUGCACCCGCACCCGCACCCGUACCCGCACCCGUGCCCCAGGCCAUUCACCGCGGCCCUCCACAUCGGCCUCUUGUUUUCGAUCCUCCCGCACUAGAUCCCGACCAGCAAGCAAACCCCUUUGAUGCUGCCUAUGCUAUGGGCGACUUUAUUCUCGAUGACGAUUUUGACGACGAAAAUUUCGCCCGGGCAUAUGAGCAACUCUACCAACCCCCUGAUCCCCAAGCUCCGGCCCCACAACCUCAUGCCGAGCCUAGUGCCAUAGUUCAGCCACAAGCACAAGCGCAGGCACAAGCAGCAACCUUCGAACCAGUACCUCAACUUGAGACCGAAGACGAGUGUAUUGCAGCUGUUCUAGGUUUAUUUCCUGAUAUCUGCCCCGAUCAUGUCUCUGAGCUUUGGAACAAAGUUUCACGGUCUUCCGAUCAACUUAUUGCGCAUAUCCUGGACAAGAUGGAGAACAACUCGCCAUACACGAAGGCAAAGGACAAGCAGAAAGCUUUGAAAAGAAAGAGAGAAAUUGACGAGGAUGAGGCCGCUGAACUCAAAUAUGGCGCUCCUGGUCAUGUAGUACCUUUUGGUAUUAUUACCCGGACGUACAUAAAAAACAUCCUACAGGUCGAGUUUCCAGAAACACCAAUGGUGUUCAUCUACGCCGCACUCGACCAAUCUCAACAUCGCUUAUUCCAGGCGUACCGUAUUCUUGAAGAGGCCCAGAGGGCAUUCAACCCGGCCGACCCUCCAUAUAACAAAAUCAAGAACGCCCGAAAAUCACAGGCGGAAUUUAAGGACUCAAGUAUUCAAGCGCACAUAGUCAGCCCCGAAGUAGAUCCGGCACGAAAAGACAUCCUCCGAGAAUUACAGGCCGCUAGAAGUAUCAGGAGCAAGGCAGAAGCGAAACGGGAGUUAGAGAGCGAGGCUGAACGUGAAGAAGAAGCUAAUGAGCAAAAAGCCAUAGCAGAGGGCACGAUGCAAGAGUGCGGGUGCUGCUUUGGUGACUGUCCAUUUAAUAGAAUGGUCCACUGCGAUGCGGAUACAAUGCAUUGGUUUUGCAAAGCCUGUGCAAAACAGACUGCCGAUACCGAGAUUGGUAAUUCUAAAUAUAUACUGCGUUGCAUGUCAAUGGAUGGCUGUGAAGGAGGAUUCUCUCUAGACCAAAGAUCACUCUUCUUGGACGAGAAGACACAAAUUGCUCUUGAGAGAAACGAGCAAGAAGCAGUGCUGCGUAUGGCAGGCAUUGAAAACCUCGAGAGCUGCCCCUUUUGCCCUUAUGCCGCAGAAUAUCCACCCGUCGAAGUCAACAAGGAAUUCCGAUGCGAAGCACCUGACUGUGAGAGGCUGAGUUGUCGACUGUGUAAGCUCGAAUCUCAUAUUCCCAAGAGCUGCGAUGAAUUCAUGAAGGACAAUGGUCUUUCAAUUCGUCGCCAGGUCGAGGAAGCAAUGUCUGCAGCAUUGAUCAGGAAGUGCAACAAAUGCGGUACCCCAUUUGUCAAAGAUGAAGGUUGCAACAAGAUGACUUGCACUCGCAAUGGAUGUCACAACGUCCAAUGUUACGUUUGCUCUGAAUCUUGCAGCUAUAAUCACUUCGACGAUCAGAAUCGGGGCGGCCGGAAGGGAAAUUGCCCAUUGUUUGAGAGCACAUUUGAGAGGCACGAUAUUGAUGUCGGCAAAGCCGCGAAGGAGGCUAUCGACAAAGUCCGAGCCGAACAUCCCGAGUAUACAGAAGAGGAUCUGAAAGUCCAUAUGUCAGAAAAUGUCUUGAAAGAUGACGAACAACGGAAACAGAGGGAUCCUAGGGCUCAUCUUGUUGCCGCGGCUCAGAUGCGGCUCGCUGGUCAGUAG